CCAUCUUCUCCUGCUUCGUUCUUGCACACACACACAAAACUCCAACACCCAAUAUCACCCAGAACCCUGCUUGCUGUUGUUUUCAGUGAGGAGCAGUAGUGUGACACAUCAAGCGAGAGCUCGAGCACAGUGCACAACAGACGACUCGGGGAUGAGCCUGCGCGACCCGACUGCACCGCCGGCGUGCACUGCACCGUGGCGGGCAGUGUGGUCCAGGUCCCGUGCACGCUGGUACUUUCAGAACACCGAGACAAAGGAAACCACAUGGACACUCCCGCCAGCCGCUGCACGUCAAGCACAGAGCGCUGGUGGAGAUGAGCAGCAGGAGGGACACGACCAGCGGUGGUCUCACAAGCCAGAGUUUGCUGAUGUCGCUUCCAACCCUCAUCUGCAGCAGGUGAUUGCCAAUGAAGGCUACGAGAGCGUGGACAACCUUCCGUUCACUCGCACACUGCGUGGUGACCACCCCGUGGCCCCGUACCGUCGUCGAAAAGACGAAACCAAAUCAGUGAUCCACUGGGGCCAGCGGGAGGCGCUCAUCUUGGCCAUUGAGUUCCUGACGGAGCACUGGCAGCCUGGCCACCCGAUUGUGUACUCUGGUAUCCUCUCUGUCGGCUGCGCUCGCGUCCUCUCAGAACUCUUUCCAGAUGCCAAGGUGUACGUGUUUGAUGAGACGACCCGCCUCGAACCAAACGACUUCAACUUCACGACCGUCAAGGCGCCGCUGGACGCAAGCAAGGCCGAGCAGUUUGUCGGGCAGCAGGUGCUCUACAUCUCCGAGAUCAAAACAACAAAACUCGGCAUGUCAAACCAGGAUGCGAAUCUGGCACUGCUGGAUGACAUUGAGCAGCAGAUGGCGAUGCACAAUCUCAUGCAACCGCACAAGAGCAUGCUCAAGUUUCGGCUCCCCUGGGAGGACGGCAGCACCGACUACCUUGACGGCGAGCUGCGCUUCCCCGUGUGGGGUGCAGUGACGACAACAGAGACCCGGCUCAUCCCAGGAUCAGGCUUCUCAUCCUACGACCAUCGCAGAUAUGAAAAGCAGAUGUUCUACUUCAACACGCACCGCCGCGUCGCACGCUACCACCACCCACUCAUUGGAACAGAAGGCCUUGAUCACUGCUACGACUGCAAGGCCGAAGCAGAGAUUCUGCUUGCGUUUUGCAGGAAGCACCGCCACCUCGAUGGCGACGACGCUGUCAGGGCUGCUGCCCGCCUCUCCGUCAGGAUUUCGCGCUCGCUCGGAUCACGAACGCUGCAGGAUCCAAAUCCAGACCCGGACGCGCUCAGAGAAAAGAUCCAACGGGACAAGGCCCGCAAGCGAACGCACCAGCAAGCUGAUUCCGCGUCAUCGUCGGCACCAGCAACGAAACGGCCGCCACCAACGGCUUCACAUCAGCACCACGACCACCAAUACCACCAUCACCAAUACCACAACCACGACCACCAAUACCAAGACCACGACCACGACCACCAAUACCAUCACCAACAGGCGCAGCCGUCUGAUGCCGCGUACGCCCAAAGCGACGAAGGCCAGCCAAGUGACGCGUAUCACGACCACCACGACCACCACGACAACCAUGACCACCAUAACGACGACGAUGAUGAUUAUGCGCAACAAGGAUGAGGGUGGCUUCAACACGAUCAUGUUCAAACACACAGGGGACACCAGCACGAGCAGAACGUGACGUGUCGUCCUUGGCAGGCUUGCCAUUGUCACCACCACCGCUACCGUCACCAUCACCAUCACCAUCACACCAUCAACACCACCGCCACCAUCGCUACACCCACGUUGACUGUAUGUGUGUUGGUCUAUUGAUGUUGUCUACAAAAUCAGAUGCCUAACCCUAUGCUGCGAGUGUAGCAACUCACUCGCAGUGUGUGUUUGGGUGUGCAAACCCUGCCACAUGUUGCUACGCGUUUUGUUUCGUUGCACCUUGUCUGUCACGAUGCUGCUGCCCGCUCAGCAAUCCGCGCUUGAUUCAGCGUUCGCAUUCUGCCAUUAACAACCAACAAACCAACCAAGCCAGG